CCCAGCCCCCGCAUCUGGCUGGGCAACAUCACCUCCGCCACCACCUCCAAGGCGCUCCAAGGCGUGCUGGCGCGCUUCGGCCCCCUGCUCGACGCCGCCGUCUUCCCCGCCCGCAUCGGGCCGCUGGGCUACGCCUUUGUCAAGUUUGAGCGCCUCGCUGACGCCGUGGCGGCCUUCAACGCCUUG